AUGGAUAAAUUUAGACGAGGUUUGGAAAAAGCAAGAACCGGUCUCCCCAUGAUACGGUUUUUAUCGAGUACGUGUACCACCUUUGGCCAAAAUAAUUCACUGCCUACGGACUUGAAGAGAUUCUUAGAAGAGGUUUGUUGUGCAAGAUUUGCAUCGUAGGCUAUUGAUUAAUGUACUGUACAUGUUAAUCAUUAACUUAUUAAACUGUAAUGUGUCCCAAUGCAACCUAUUUUUAAUAUUCUUUAAUUAAUGACAUUUGACCAGAAAAAUGUUGCUAAUUAUUGUUGCUGUAUUAAAAAGGCCAUGUUGCAUGAGGGAGGUUUCGCUGUAAUGGAAUUUCUGCAGCAAAAAUUACCUCCUGUGACAUUCUUAAUACUUUGCAGCUUGUCUUGCAAUGAAAGAAAAUUGUGAGGCAAGUUGCAAUAGAAGUUGAACUUCACUCUGCAUAGCCAGAGCAGGGUCUGAAAUUUAUAUUUUUUCUCAGUACCCAACCCAGUAUGGAAAGUUUGUAUCGCGCGGCGGAUAUCUCCGGCGCGCAAAUUUGAUGCUUUCUAUAUAUUUACUAUUAAAUUUUCGAAAUCUCUGGCGUGCAAUUUCCAAACUUUCCAGUCUGGUACCCAACUGGGAUACCAGGAUUCAAAGUUUAGUACCCCCCCCCCCCUGAGAAUCCAGUAUUCCACUUCUGAAUACUGCAUACCAUAAGUAUUAUACCUGUCCCAUCCAAAUAAGUUUCCAUAACUCUCACUGUUACAAAUUACAAUAACAACAGGAGACUCAAUAACUCAACAGUCAAUAACUAAAUAAUUCAUUAAUACACUAAAAUGCAUAUAAUCUUUCAACAAACUUCUACUUCUAUACGCUAAUCCUCAGUCAGGAAAGACUGGUGGUAAACUGAUAGUAUUCAAAAGCUAACGAUGACAAGCAUAGGCGUACAGGGCUGAUGCUUUCCAAGGGGGCAGUCGAAAAUUUUGCACAAAUUUUUUUUGAGGAUUGUAAUGAAAUUACCUGAAUUUAACCUAUUUUGUGAUAAAUCUGCCCGAAUUUACUUGACUCUUCCUAGCAUUUGCCCGAAUUUCCAUGGUUUUCCAAAAUUUGGGGGCGGCAGUUGCCCCCCCCCCCCUGCCUCGUACGCCUAUGAUAGUUAAGGCAGCUACGGAUUACAGUCAAACCGGAUGUUCUCUUGUGAGCAAUAUUGCAAUAUUGUCCCCCGAUAUUGCAAUUUUGAUGGGACAAUAUUGAUGGGACAAUAUUGAUGGGACAAUUUUGAUGGGACAAUAGCAGAUUGCUCUGAGCAAUUUGCAACCGACACGAACAAAUUGCAAUUUGAAAUUCACAAAAGAUUUGUAAACAAAACCUCUGAUUGGACUAUAAGAAAGGGGGAAGCACCAAUCCAGUUUCUCAGACUUUUUGAUUGGUUUCCCUCUUUCUUAUAAUUCAAUCUGAGGCUUUGUUUACAAAUCUUUUGUGAAUUUCGAACUUGCAAUUUGUUCGUGUCGGUUGCAAUUUGCUCAGAGCAAUCUGGCCCUAUCAAAAUUGCAAUAUUGUGGGUUUGACUGUAAGAGAGAUACAGCUACUUGAAAAAUACAAACAGAUCAACUUUGACAUUUUGAGCGAAGGACCUUCAUUUAUUCCGCCAUAGACCUGCCAUAAUAAGUUGCAUUGCACCCUAAUUAUGUGCCCUAAUUUAUUAUUUCAAUAUCUAAUGCCAGAUGAUUUUACUUAUCAAGGUGAGAUUGCUUCCACUCAAUGGGUUAAUUAUAGUACAUAAAAUUUUGUGCUUAGGUUGGCAGUGAUCCAAAAGAGGCACGAUUUUGGUUACGUCAGUUUCAAAACCAAGCAAAUGACCCUGAACGUCCUUUUGCUGUGUUGCAGGCAGGAUCGUCCAUUUUAGACAAUGAGAAAGCAGUAUGUUUGUAGAUCAAUGAAUACUCAUUGAGCACUUUAUUCCCCAUAAUCUAAUAAACCUCGUCUUGACAGAGCUGCCAAGUUCAGAUAAUCAAAAACCUGGAGGUUGUUGUGGCCUUUAGUUUGUAGUUUGUACCUCCUGACAGCGAUAGCGAGACAGAGUAGUGCAGACAAUAUUUAAUACUGAAAAAUUUUAAUCAAAUUAUGUAUAAAUUAUUGACUUUAUAUUAUUGUUGACCGGGCAUGUUACAAAAAAUUAGCCUGCGCACACACAUAAUUCACGUUUAGAUUACGUUAUACUUCAAGAUCACAAAAUCUAAGUUUACUCGAAUAGCCACGCUACUAAUUUUUUUAACAAGAGUGUCAUUUCACAAAUACGUACGGAUUUUCUUUUUCGAAAGAACAGACGGUGUUUUCGCAAAUUGUAUUUUUUCAGAGCAUAGAUGCAGAGUCCAUGCAUAAAGGACCAUUUUAAUGGUUCCGUGAGAUUUUCAAAACCCACCGUGAGACAGGGUUCGUAGCGGUCUUUGAAAUCCAUGAAAGUCUUUAAAUUUGAAUGCAGGUCUUUAUGGUUUUUGAAAAGUCUUUGAAUUGUGUGAAAAAGCAAAGAAAGUCUUUAAAAGUCUUUAAAUUCUUUAGUGAGUAUUUGAUUAUACGAUUUCCUAGCUAAUAAAGUAGAUUGAUUGAAGCAAGAUUUUCGCAAAUAUCGACGAAAAGGUGCAUUUUAGGAUGUGAUUUGACGGGACUAAUUACUGGGUAAAAAUAGUGCUUACACUCGCAAUUUUUCGACAGCUGGUUGCUCUUAAAGGUCUUUGAAAAGUCUUUCAAAAUAGGCAGAAAAAAUCUUUGAAAGUCUUUGAAUAUUUUUGGUUUUGGAGACUACGAACCCUGUGAGACCUGGAGGUCAGCGCGAAAACCUGGAGACUCCGUCGGGGAAACCGUGAGACUUGGCAGCUCUGUCUUGAUCAACUUUUUAUUAUCAAAGCUUUCACAUAUGUUGUCAAUAAGAUGAAUCGCAAAUUACUUUUCCUUUGUUUUUCAAUAAUUCAGCUAAAUUAAUUACAUCACAUUUGGAAACUAGCUUUGACUAUGAAAAAGUUGAUCAAGAUGAGGUUUUUUACUUUAAUUUAAAGAGAUAUUACAUGUCUUCUUCCAAUAAUGCAAAUAUAACAAUACAUGUACUGUACUGUACAUGCAAAUAUGACACAUAACAUACUGUACAUUGGGGUUAGUGGCUAACUAAAUUUCUCUUUAACGAGCUCUCUUAGAAAAUGUUAUGUUCUUUAGAUGGAGAGUCUCUGUUCCUCGUUGUCCUUCCUCAAUCGUAACGGCAUGCCCACGGUGCUGGUCUAUGGCCCAGAUCAAGGCCACCCGGAUGAUGUAUUUAUCCAGGCUGAGCAAUUACAACAACAAGGAAUGCAAUUGGUUGACUGCCUAGAAAAGUCAUGUCAUGCAACAACACGAGCAUUUUGUGGAAGCAGUGGCAUUCUUGCCAGCCGAAAAUCUCACUCCAGGUUAUUAGUACAUACUGUGUGUUAGGCUAUGUUGAACAGUCACAGAUAAAUGCAUUGCCAAUGCUCAUGUGGUAUACCCUCUUUUACUAACAGACCUGCCAACCCUUGAGUAGCAGAAAUAGUGAGUUGCUAUCUAAAAAGUCGUGAGAUUGACUGAAAAAUCUUAGAAAUUUUCAGGUUUGCUCAUUGAUAUGACCAGGGUUAACUUUAACAACACUAGAAAAUAAUCAAUAGAUAUUCAAUUUUAUGAUAGUAUGCAUUUAUAUUUUGUUAAUAUAACCGUAUAUGCAAGGCUUAUUAAAAAUAGGCUGUUUUUUCUUUAUGGCUUUAGUAGUUUCCACUGUACAAAAACAAGAAAACUACGAGUAAUAUUAGGACUAACAGGGCAAUAAACUUAGCAGGACACGCCUUUUACUUUGUAACACAAUUAAACAUCACGCAUACAAAAUUCUGGCGUUGUACAUUGCGCAUUCAGAGGCGCAUUAUUAAUACGCUAAUAAAGUGCGAUGUUUCCUUGGAAGAGUGUGCCUUAUUGUAACUAGAUGUUGCGCUCUUCGAUGAUUUCAUAAGUUCCGAAAAUCGUGAGAUUUGGGGACUUAAUCGUGAGAUCGUGAGAAACCAUAAAAAAUCGUGAGUCUCACGAUUAAAUCGUGAGACUUAGCAGGUCUGUACUAAGAACUCAUCACUGGUGGUGGUGGUUGGGACCUAGCUUGGAGGUGGUAACUUGUAGGUGGGUCUAGGGAUCCACCCCCAGAAAAGUUAAUGAUCUUGGGAUUUUACAAACUUCAUGAUCUUGGAAAUCAUAAAAUUGUGCAUAUGCGCUAUAGCAACAUACUACAAAUAGAUAUAUGUUAUAUAUGUCGACAACAACUGAACCAUUUGCCUAUAAGAGUUAUAAAAGUUUUUUCAGAAAGCCAUUAUGCAAUUUAACAUCAUAGUGAUGACAAUUUGCGUUUCAAAUGUACAUUGUGUUAAGUAUCAGUGAGGGUUUAUUUUAACGUGCAGUUCUACACAAAAUGUGCAGUUCUAAACCCAUUUGUGCAGUUCUUAAAACACAAAUGCGCAGUCACCAGCCAAACUAACAAAAAUAGCCUUAGUUAAAACAGACUUGAUCAAUUACAUGUUACCCUUGUGGAUGCUCCAGAAAAUUCCAGAAAUGCUGUCAUUAAUUGAGCAUCAAAAAUAUAAACGUUUUCUGGGGGAGGGCUCCAGAUGCUCCUAUUUCCUCACAAAUCACUUGCGUGCUGGGGUAAUGGAAGAGAAGGUAAAAUUGGGGCGAGCGAAGCUACUCAAAAGAGAUUAAAAUGGGAGAACCUAAUAUUCUUUGCUGCCUCAAAUGCAAAUUUAAGGUUGUUAUAUAUUGAAUAUCCAUGAUUCCCAGGUUUUGAAACAGUUUUGUGAGUGGUUGGGUAAAACAAAUCUUUGCCAGAACUUAAGAGCCUCUAGAUUCAAAUUGUUUUGGGGAACACCCCCUAGCUCCCGCACCCAAAAUCGAGUUUGUCUGGCCUUUCUCCCACCCAACCACACCAUUAUUCUGUCACUUAAUUGCAGGUAAAAAAUCCUUCGACCCCCCCCCAGUCAAACACCCUUUUCCUUCGUAACAUCCCUAUAUGUGCAGUUCUAAAUUUUUCUUAAAAUAAACCCUGUUAAGUACAGUAUGUCAAGAAAGAAACGAGAUAAGAUAGUUUGGAAAUUUUGUUGUUUGAGACUUUAUAAUCACUGCUUGUAUUCUAAAUCUCUUUUCCAGAACACGAGCUGUCAUUGAACAUGUGAAUGCAGAUCCAAUUACCUGGACAUUUAGGUAUUUUUUACCCUGCAUUUAAUAUUUUUUGCAUAAUGGUAAGAUUCCAUUGAGAUUAGAUAUAAGAUCAUACAGAGUUCUACAGAAACCGAAGGAAAUGGAGUCUGUUCAGAAAUCUCACGAACCGACUUGAUAGAGUACUAGCGAACCAUUAAAGAUCAUUGGUUCGAUCCGAACUGCAUGAUAAAGCAUGUAGAAGAAUAUAGAAUUUAUUAUUAUUAUUAUCUUCAUAUUAUAUCAUCUGAAGUGUUUUUCAAUGGGGUCCUGCAACUCUAAAUUACAUUAAUUCCAUGAUUUAGCCAUGCAUGCACUAUUUACAGCAACACAUAUAUAGACUAUAGAAUAGAAUUAUUUCAGAGUAUUAACAAAGCCUGAUUAAGGCUGAUUUCCACUCCAACCACAUCGAGAUCAGUGAAACACAACGCACUUCUUUGUUUCAAAGACAUUAAUUCUAUCUGAGUGCUCACGAAACAAAUACAUACGCUACACUUCGCCGCGACACGUUUGAAGUGGAAAGCAGAUAAAGUAUAGAUAGAGAAAGAUAAGUAUAAGUGAAGAAGUGAUAGAGUGGAGGACGAAACUGAAAAAGAAUGAGAGGUUUAUUAUAAUGAAGUAGCGUUUUUUAGUUCAUGUUCUAGAUUGUUAAAGUCUAUAUAGACGCUUGAUACGUUGGUCGUAAUGGACCAUUCCCCAAUUAACCAAAAUUUUGAUCUCAACAAGUCUAGACAAAAUUCCAUCACAGCAUAUGAAAGAGCAUCACAAAAUUAGUAAUAUUCCAAAGUUUCGUUGCGAAAUGUUGUAAAAUGUGGAUAAUAUAGCCUUGCGAAAUUUGCAAUUUUCAGUCAUUUUAGAUUGUACAAACGGAAAAUGGUUACCACUUUUGCAAAAUUUUGAUCUUAACUAGCCUAAACAAAAAUUUCAUCACAGCUUGAAAGAGCAUCACAAAAUUAGUAAUAUUCCAAAGUUUCGUUGCAAAAUGUUGUAAAAUGCGGAUAAUAUAGCCUUGCGAAGUUUAUAAUUUUCAGUCAUUUUGUGUUACGCACAGAAGUGGUAACCAUUUCCCGUUUGUAAUCUAAAAUGAUUGAAAAUUGCAACUUUGCAAUUAAGGCUAUAUUAUCCGCAUUUUACAACAUUUUGCAACAAAACUUUGGAAUAUUACUAAUUUUGUGAUGCUCUUUCAAGCUGUGAUGAAAUUUUUGUCUAGACUUGUUGAGUUCAAAAUUUUGGUUAAUUGGGGAAUGGUCCAUUGUUUUCCCUUGUUCGUUUUUGCUUGCGGUAGAUGUAGAUAUAAACUGCGGUGUCUUGUGUACUGUAGUGCUCAUUUCUUUUCCUAAAUUAUUAAAAUUUGUUAUUUCCAGAUCGGGUCUUGUGCCUUUACUGACCUCUAUAUCCAUUGAUCAGAAAACUGGAGUGGUCACGCCAGUCUGCUCACGACAUGUUGCGAUAAAAUUGUCAGAAGUUCUAAAACCCAUGAAAGUGAUUUUUCUAAAUGAUUAUGGCGGAUUGGUUGAUGAUCAUGGAAAAGUAUGCUUACUAUAAUGUUCAUAUAAUGAAAUGCUUAACUUGAGCCGUGUUUACAUCACGAGCCUAAGCCUAGCUUUGGACUAGGCCUGGCCUAGGCCAGGAAAUCUAGGUCCAUCAGAACAUGUGGUCCAGAUUUCCUAACCUAGGCCAGGCCGCAGUGCGUUUACACUACAAAAAUCUAGUCCAAAGGUAGACCCAGGCCUCGCAGUGUAAAGGCUCGUAGUGUAAAACGGCUUUGAUUAACCAAUUUCUUCUUUUUUUUUCAAGGUUGUUUCUCAAAUUAAAAUUCCAGGAGAUGUGCCAGGGGUUUCUGAGCAGUCAUGGUGCACAUCGGACGUGAAACGCCAGGUAACAAGAUUACAUACAACUAUUAGAACCAUACAUCUACUGUAACUAUUAGUUCAUGAUAUGGAAGCGAAACUCGCAUGAUUGAGUACUAUUUGACCCUGUUGCAGGAUAUCUUGCCCACUGGCACUGAAAAGCAAGAAAAGGGGAUUUCCUGUAGACCAACGGAGUAUUUUUGUGCUAAAUCUGCAUGCGCAUAAACAUAUAGCGUUCUAGCUGACCAUGGUUUUCAGUUCAGGGAAUAACGUCUGUCAACCAUAUGUUGUUACGCCCAUAGUGGGUCAUGGGUGUUAAGGUUUCCUUCAAAUUUUCAAUAGCAAAUCUGUAUUUAAUCGAAUUUCCUGCAGCUGUUUAACAUGUCCUGCGAGCAGUGCUCGCAUGCUCGUCUUUUUUCCCCACCCCUGCUGAAAGGUUUAUUCACAACUGCAAAUUCAGUGUUUAGUAGCCCCUGAGUGCAUGUAAAAGCUAUAUAGACUGUCUCAAUGUAUAUUGUCAGAGAUUGUACCUUUCACACAUUGCAGCUGUUCCUUUAAGUAAUUGAUUGGUUGUUUUAAGUGCUGCAUGUUUAUAUUUAAUCUAUAUUUACAGAUUGAUGAAAUCGCUACUCUACUCAAAGAUUUUUCAAACAACUCAACUGCCGUUAUAACAAGCCCAGAUAACAUUAUAAAAGAACUUUUCAGUCACCAAGGUUUGUAUGCAAUCGAAUAUUUACUAAAAAGAAGUUCAUAAGGGACUGGUCAUAAAGUAACUGCUAGGGUGGGCUGGAGGUAAAUCACAAAUUUUGCCAAUAAUUUCGGUGACCCAUCUUAGGAUGUAUAAAAAAAUUUCAAAGCCCACCUAAUCUUACAAAAAAAUUUUCAUGACCCACCCCACCCAAUCUAAAUUGGAAAAAUACACUUUUAUAAUAAAAAAAAAAUUUGCAGGUAUGAACAUUACAAAUAUACACCGGCACUGUAUUGACAUACGUAAUUCCACCAAGCUUGACCAACACAUUCAUCACCAAUUACGAUACUGAGCUGCUCUCCAGUUGGCUGUAUUUGCUGUGAUUCGACCACUUCUUGUUGUUGUAUAAACAAAGUACUGACUUCAAUAGCAUCAUUUGCAUUUGAUAAUUUGGAUAUAGUUUUGUUUACUGUUAUUAUUAAUAUCUUUAUUUUUUGAAGUAGACAUGCAUGCAUGGGUUUUGUUUGGUGGCCCAACCGUGGAAAUACAAAAAAAAUGGCGACCCAUCGAAACUGCCCAAAGAUUUUCCAUGGCCCAUCCUAAAUCACUCCAGCCCAACCUAGCAGUUACUUUAUGACCGGUCCCUAAGUAGAAAAAUGUUAGUAUUGAAGUGUUUUUAUGUUUUUCAGGUCGGUCAGACACAAACUAUAUGGCAGCUUACUGUAUAUAAUACUAUUUAUACUGGACCAUUCGACACUAUAUACGCAUUAUUUUAAGCGAUAAAUGUUUUGCAGGUUGUGGUACUAUGAUUCAGAAAACUGAAGCAAUCCACAGAUAUAAAUCAUUGGACGAAGUCGACGUCCCAAGACUUACCAAGCUACUGGCUCAGUAAGUUCAUUUGCAUACAUGCAACCACCACCCGGCCACGCCCAGCCAAUAAGAUUUAUGGAAACAUGUUUAUAUUUGAAUUUUUUCUGUGUUAGUGUUGCGUACUCAGGUGAGCUAGUAUUCCAAAGGUCGUAGGUUCGAUUCCCACCGUGGCCGGGCAUAUUUUUCAAGCUCACCCGGUGUGGAUAUACACUCAGAGUAACAUCACAAACAUGUUUACAUUUCUAUUUAUUAUUUAACAAAUAGAUAAGAUUUUGCCGUUGUCUGUUGAGUUAUAGAUACACAGCAUGACGUCAUAAUGUGGUUCCCACAUUAUGACGUCAUACUUUUCAUACAAAUUAUCUAUUUGUUUUUAUAUAAUAAAAAGAAAACCCCCGAAUUAAACAGGUAAAUAGCUUACUUUUGGAAAUUUGAAAAAGUCGAAAUUUUACAAAUAUCACGCGCACAUCAUCUAUACAAAUUAGGGAAUGCUAUUGGAUAAGGUUUUGUCCUGUAAUAGAUCAUGGCUCUCGACCCUUGAAUUCAUAACGUUAUUAUAUAAUUCAAUUAUAGAUCAUUCCAAAGACCUCUAAAGCCAGAUCAUAUGACUGUUAUUCAGGAAUAUUUACAGAGCGUGUAUAUAUCAGAAAAGUAUGAUAUUUUCUAAUUUUGUGAGUUCUGUGUCGGUUUUUUAAAACUUGAAGAGUGCGAGGCUCUUAGUAUAUACUAAAGGAUAUUUUGUUUGCAUUUUUUGCAGUUACACUGCAGCAGCCAUUGUCAUUCACGACAGGGAAAAAUGUGAAAUUCCCUAUCUUGAUAAAUUUGUCAUAACAUCUACAUGUCAAGUAAGGAAAAUAAUUUUUACCACCAAAACACUUCCCUGCAAAUGUCAUGUUUUGGGUGUUGGUAGCCCUCGCAGCCUGUUCGCGGGUUCACUUCUUGCCUCGCUCCCCACUUAGACCGGGGGGGGGGAGGAUCUUGUAAUGCAUUGCUGUCUGUUUAUGAUUUCGCCCCAUAGUUGCCUGUGAGAAGAGUGCUUUCAUUUUGACUGGAUCAACCACGAAAUAGCGGGCUGCCAAUGGCCAAAAGCUGGCCAUAUUUUAGAAAUGGGAGGCAAAAACAAAUUUGACUGACUGCCAAAGUAAAAAGAAAUGGCAGGUGAAAUUCUAUAUACUGUAGUAUAGAUACUAGAUCAUUUAGUUGACUAAAUACGUUCAUAUUCGAAAUGUAAAUCCAAGUUUACUGUAGUAAAAAAGACAAGUUUAUAAAUAAUAAAAAUGCAUAUUAUGAAAACAUUGAUUUUUACAAUAUGACUCGUAUGAAACAUUGCCAUUUUGGCAGUUCAAUGAAUAAAAAUGGCAGGCUAAAAUUUAUUUCACCUGCCAAAACAUUUUAGAUUGGCAGGCCAUCAUUUUUCUCCACUUUGAGCCCUGUAUCAAACACCAGCAGGGCCCAGCAGGUUUCCCCUAUGCAUGGGUACUCCAGUGUCCUCGAGUAGUAACAUUGGGUCAGUAUGGGACGGCCUAUCUCUCUAGGGAGAUCGGUUUAGAACUGAUAGAACUAUCCAGUAUGUAAAUUAAGUCAGUUUAAUUUGAAUUUCAAAGGGUCAAGGAACGAGUGAUGAUUUAUGGAAUCAUCUUACUCAAGAUUUUCCAAGCUUGUUUUGGCGCUCUCGUGCAACGAACAGAAUUAAUCCUUGGUAAGACUGUCAUGGAAAAAUAUUAGAGCUCGACAGCUCGUCUCUGUAGCUCAGUUAGUUAGAGCGCUGCACCGGAAUCGCAGGUUUGAUUUUGCCAUGCAGAGGGCUUAAUGGCCUGUAGUUGCAUUUUGUGCAAGGGACUAUAUUAAAAAAAUUAUGGACACAAGCAAAAAAUUUAAAAAAAAUAAAUGUAUAAAAAUUCACACUUGCAGUUUCCAUCUGCACAAUCCUUUUAUCAUAGAAAAAAAUUUAUUUGUUUAUCAGACUUUAUCUUCAUACAACAGACUCAUUAGCUGCGUAGAAUUACACAAUAUGUCAUGCAUUACUGACUGCUUUUAUUUCUUUAAUUAUUGCGCAGGUAUUUCAUCAGAGCGGACGGUAGUUGGACAAAUGGAAACUGGAUAAUAUUCUGGUAAGGAUUUUCUUCUAGUAUAACGUUAAUUUCCACGUAUAUUUAAUGGACCUACAUGCAAGUGAUGCAACUGACGCGUACGAAAAACGUAGUUGUUUAAAAAUAAGUGGGUUUUACUUGGCGUUGUGGCCGGCAGAUGGCAGCCAACUGUGGAAGAAAUAGUAUAUUGAUACUUGCAGCAGGAAAAUGACUGUAAAUUAUAUAUUUUCGAUUCUUUUCUUUCAAUAUAAUGUAAAAUUACCAUUAAUUUUACAUUAUAUUGAAAGAAAAGAAUCGAAAAAUGUAAUUUACAGUGAUUUUCCUGCUGCAAGUAUCAAUAUUCUAUUUCUUGCAUAUUUGGCUACCAUCUGCCGGCCACAACGCCAAGUAAAACCCACCUAUAUUUUAAACAACCUAUACAGGGUGUAUAAAAAAAACCAGAACAGAUUUGAAAUUGCUCUCAAUUUCGCAAAACACCUAUUUGUAUCCGGUUUUUUAUAUAUAUAGCUUCUUUGGGUACUUAUAAUGUAGAAUAAUGAAAAAAAUUUCUCGAACUCAAAUUUUGUGAACCAGGGGUGUGUCUCUUUUCCAACAAACUAAAAAUGGCUCGCGCACAAAAUUUAAAAGCUGGAAUCAUAUUUUGAGUUAAUAGAUGGAACAUUUGUCUGAUUUUUAAUUACUGUACAAAAUUUCAGACAAUUUGGUUCAGUUUAAGCCCUUUAACUAUUCAUUUUGUUCUAAAAAAUCAGCCUUUCGCAUACUUAAUUAAUGCAUUUACCUAAUUUGCAUAUUGCUGACAUAUGCAAAUUAGGCAAAUGCAUUAAUUAAGCAUGCAAAUAGCUGAUUUUUAGGAAAAAUGUAACUUUGCGUGAAUAGUUAAGGGGUUUAAACUAAACCAAAUUGUCUGAAAUUUUGUACAGUAAUUAAAAACCCGACAAAUUUUCCAUCUAUUAACUCAAAAUAUGAUUCCAGCUUUUAAAUUUUGUGCGCGAGCCAUUUUUAGUUUGUUGGAAAAGACACUCCCCCCUGGUUCACAAAAUUUGAGUUCGAGAAAUUUUUUUCAUUAUUCUACAUUAUAAGUACCCAAAGAAGCUAUAUAUAUAAAAAAACCGGAUACAAAUAGGUGUUUUGCGAAAGUGAGAGCAAUUUCAAAUCUGUUCAGUUUUUUAUGAUACACCCUGUAUAAACCCACCUAUAUUUUGUUUUUCCAAGGUAUGGUGUUGAUAAACCCAAAAUCUCUCACAGUCUUGUGGAAUUCGCUGGGAACUUGCCAGAUUCCUUUGACCCAAUUGCCAAACGUAAGCUUUUUUCCUGGAUUCGAUUGUUCAAAGAUAGAUUAGGGGCGGACCAUUAGAAAAGUGAGGGGAAGCAAAAGUAAAAAUCGCGCACCAAGAAAUUUUGUGUACCAAGAAAGUUUGAAAACAAAAAUUCGUGCAGAGACUUUUCAAAAGGGAAAAUUAUAAGGUGAAAUAAGAAAAAUUGUGCAAAGGGCCUAUUUCGUCUCUGACGGCCGGUUAUUUUUUCCUUUACUGUAAUUUUCUAGCAACAUUAGAUUGUAUUAUUUUAUUGAAAAUAGUAUAAAGCAAGUAACUAUGGAUCCAAGGAUAGUGUAAAGUUUCAAAUUGAAAAAGACACGACACAGCAAGAACUGUAUAAGGUCGCCGACAACCUAGAACAGUAAAAGCAGGCAUAGGCUAAAGCAACCAUAGGCUAGAGUAUGCACGUUACUCAAAAAUGUGGAUUAGAACAACGUUUUUAGGAGAUAAACAAUUCCUUAUCACUCCCUUCGUAACUCGUUUAUUAAAUGUUUAAUUGCAAGAACUCUUAUUUGGGCAUGACGACUUUCUGUUUUGUAAAGUUGAUGCCUUACACUAUGCGAAAUAAACAGUUACCAUGAUCCUCUUGGAAAGCAUACUCAUGCAUGUCUUUUCAAAAAUGGACUUGAAGCCGUACUAUUACCUACACUAAUCCUAUACAGAUGAGUAUUAUAUUAAAAGUUAAUAUUAUCACUAAAAGUAAAAGCAACAUAUUAUUACAAAAGUUUAAGGUGGGGAGAAGAAAGAAGUCCAAAUCAGUCUUAAAUUUAUAGCAUGCAUGCAUAUUGCUUUUCACUGAAAAUCUAAAAAAGGGUUGAAAUUUGGCUUUUGGAAAGCCCGCCCCCCCCCCCAUCACUUUUCUAAUGGUCCACCCCUUACCGCUAACCCUUGGUUAAAAUUUAACUUGCUGUUUUAGUUUAUCUAUUUCCUGCACGUCUGUUUAUUUCAAAACUUCAGAGAAGAAAACUCCUACUGAUCCAGACAAGAUUUCUCAAGAAAUAGUUCCAAAUUUAUAAACAAGCUGUCAGGAAGUUUGCUUUGAAUUUUAGGUUAAAGUAUAGGGUUAAGCUAACCCAUUAUUUAACCGUAUACACAUAUAAUACAAUAUAGAACGCUAGUUUUAACAAUAUUUAGGCCACAUAAAAAAAAUAGUUGGUUAGCGUCCUCGCCCGCCCACAAAAAAGGCCCCGCUCAGGAUUUUUUUAAUUUAUAGAAAAACCCAACUUUUAUUGAUCAACAGGCUCUAAUAUAUAUAAUAUUUCUGCAUGUGGUCAAUUGUGUCCAUAAAUUUAAAUGCGCAAGAUAUUAACUUCCACUAUAUAGUAAAUCUUUAAAUAAAAACUUGUUCUGGAAUAUAAAGCGUGCGUGAAUAUAAAAUGACGGUGUGAAUCAUAUUUUGAAAUAUAUAAAAAAAUAAUAUCUGUACUGCGCAAGAAAAUCCAGUUUUGGACCUAAAAUCAAGGCCUAUUUUUUAUGUCUCCUUAGAGUAACAUGAUAUUUGUCUUUUGAAUCAAAUAAAUAAAUCAAUUGAUCAAACAAUCUAUAAUAAAUUACAGUAUUAUGCUGUUUUCUCUUUACAGAUGAUGUUACAAUGAAGUCAGAGAAUAGAUCGACCACAAGCUACAUUCGUUAUGUCUAAUACUUCUCAUGGCACGCGAAGUGUCGAGGUCUAUACCAAUUAUCUAUAAGUAAACUGGAAUGAUACGUCAGGGGGGAUUGAUGUCGUGUUUUGUAGGUAGUGCCAGGCUUUUUAUAUCGAUAAAUGUUACCCCUUUAAUUUCCUUCCCCC